CUGCAUUAAGAAUGGAUCCAGGAAUAAUUCGCAAACUAGACGAAGUGGUCGUGAAUCGCAUCGCGGCCGGUGAAAUUAUUCAACGACCAGCAAAUGCUCUGAAAGAAAUGAUAGAAAACAGCAUCGACGCCAAAGCAACGAGCAUCCAAAUUACGGUCAAAGCGGGAGGUUUACGCUCACUGCAGAUACAGGACAACGGUACCGGCAUACGGCGAGAAGAUUUAGCGAUUGUGUGUGAACGAUUUACCACCUCCAAGCUAAAAACGUUCGACGAUCUUUCCUCCAUCAGUACGUACGGAUUUCGUGGCGAAGCGUUGGCCAGUAUUAGCCAUGUGGCGCACCUUACGAUUAUCACGAAAACGAGGACCGAAAAGUGUGGCUUCAAGGCGUGCUACGAAGAUGGUAAGCUAAAGGGUGAUGUUAAACCAAUCGCCGGUAACCAAGGUACGCAAAUCACGGUGGAAGAUCUGUUUUACAAUGUACCGAUGAGGAAGCAAGCACUGAAAACACCGAACGAAGAGUUUCAGCGCAUCUCGGAUAUGGUCAGCAAGUACGCGGUACACAAUCCGCAGGUUUGUUUUACACUGAAAAAGUUCGGCGAGUCGGCAUGCAUCAGAACGCAACCGAAUGGGACGAUUGUGCAGAACAUUGGCACUAUUUAUGGAGCUGCCAUCGGCAAGGCCUUGAUUGCGAUCGACACACGGGAUGAUAUACUGAAGCUGUCGGUCGAAGGAUACGUGUCGAACGUAAACUUUUCGCUUAAGAAAGGUAUUUCGCUGCUGUUUAUAAACCAUCGGGCGGUCGAGUGUAACGCACUGAAGAAAGCGAUCGAUUCGAUUUACGCACUUUAUCUACCGAAAGGAAGUGCACCGUUCGUGUACCUUUCGCUGGAACUAAAUCCCCAGAAUGUGGACGUUAAUGUGCAUCCGACCAAGCACGAGGUUCACUUUCUGCAUGAGGAAAAAAUUGUCGAGAAGGUGAAAUUGCUCGUGGAGGAAGCUUUGCUCGGUGGGAAUGCGGCACGUUCGUACACGCAGGCACUGUUGCCGGGAGCAAAUAAACCAUUGGAUGCGACGAAAACGAACGAUUCGAUGGUUGGUGGAGAUAAUAAACCAAGGCUGGAUUACAAACUGGUGCGAACAAGCCACAGUGAGCAGAAGCUGGAUAAGUUCUUCAAUGUAAGUGGAAGCAGCAGUGGACUCUCGGUGCAGGCGAAAGAUAAGCCACCGGAUGGGAAACCGGUGGAACCGAAGCUAACCCAAGCUUCCCCGGCCAGGAAGAAAAAAGCCGUUAAAAAGGAAACGAGACUCUCCAGCAUCCACACACUGCGGCUACAGGUGGAAUCGGAUGGGGAUGAAAAUUUGCGUAAAAUAUUUUGCGAGCUAACCUACGUCGGUACAAUCGAUCGCGAUCAGGUGCUGAUCCAGUACGACACCAAGCUAUACCUGUCCCAAACACAACCACUAGCGACGGAACUGUUCUACCAGCUGUUGUUAUUUAAUUUCGGUAAUUUCGAACGACUAACAUUCUCCGAACCGCUCGAAAUUGCCCGCUUAAUACAUCUGGCACUGGCCGAUCCAAGCAGUGGCUACAACGAAGAAGAGGACGGACCAGCCGAUGAGCUGGCGACCGUUAUCGUCGAAAAGCUUGUCAGCAAAGCACCUAUUUUGCGUGAAUAUUACAAUCUUUCGAUUCGUAAGGAUGGUUACCUGGAAUCGUUACCGAAGCUGCUGGAUAAUUACAUUCCCUCAAUAGUGUUUCUUCCCAUGUACAUCGUACGCUUGGCGACCGAAGUCGAGUGGGACGAAGAGAUUGAAUUUUUCCGCACAUUUAGCCGUGAAACGGCCAAUUUUUUCUCACGCCUGGCACUUACCAAACCAGACGCCGAGUACCGAUGGGAGCUGGAGCAUGUGAUUUAUCCUGCCGUACGAAACCAGCUCAUACCGCCGAAGGAAUUCACUACAAAUGGAUGUCUUCUGCAGCUAACGAGUCUUCCUGAGCUGUACCGAGUGUUUGAACGAUGCUAAUAACAAACA